AUGAAGGUCUAUGCACAUAGAAUUGGAACAGACCAACUUCAAGAUAUUUUGGUCUUUGAAGAACUCGAUGAUACAGUUUUUGUGGAUAUUACAAGCUCUAAAGAUGGAAAAUAUGUCAAUAUCAACGCAAACACUCUUAAUUCGUCCGAAGUCAGAGUAUUAAGAGCUGACCAUGACUUGAAAGACAAUCAGAAACCCGAUAUGCGGUUAAUAGAACCCCGUACACCCGGUGUGGAGUACUAUGUAGAUCACCAUGAUGACAACUUUUAUAUUUUGACGAAUGCAGAUGAUGCUAUCAAUUUUAAACUAGUACAGGCAACAGAUUAUGCUUUCAAAAGAAAAGAUUGGUCGGAUGUUAUAAAAAUGCGACCUACGGAGAAGAUAGAGGAUGUUGAUCUAUUCAAAAAUCAUGUUGUUAUCUACGGCAGAAAAGAUGGCCUACCGAUGAUUCUGUGCCAUAAUUUACAAACAGGGAAAACACAUGAGGUGCCCUUACCAGAGAAAUUUUGUGUGCUAAGCCCAGGAACCAACCUCGAAUUCGACACAGAUACUUUCCGUUUUUCAGUCACAUCGCCUUUUAUGCAUGAAUCAACUUAUGAAUACAAUAUGAGCACUCAAAAAUUACAUCCAGUGCGAGUACAAAAUGUUCAGAGUAUAAACCCAGUUCUCAUGAGGUCCUAUGGUGCUUAUGGAACCUCUACCGAUAUAGAUUUUAGAGUGGAACAAUUUCCUUUGAUAGAACGUGGCUGGGUGAUUGCUUUGGCUCAUGUUAGCUUUAAGGAUUUUAUAUCGGUCGCAGAACAUCUUGUUCAUCAUAAAUUAACGUCACCGGAUUAUUUAGCUGCCAUGGGAACCAGUGCUGGGGGCCUUUUAGUUGGUGCGAUGUUCCAUAUGCGGCCCACUCUAUUUAAAGCACUUGUUUUACGCGUUCCUUUUGUUGAUCCACUUUCUGCAAUGCUGAACCCAGAAUUACCACUAACACAAGUGGAAUAUCCUGAAUGGGGAAAUCCUACAAAAGAUCCAAAAGCAUAUCAGCUUAUUCAGUCAUAUUCACCGUAUGAGAACAUCAAUCUUAGCCUCUUCAGCAAAAAUAAAGAUAAAAGAUUAGCGUCUUUAUUUGUCACAGGAGGCAUGAAGGAUCAACGAGUAGCAUAUUGGCAGCCUUUGAAGUUUGUAGCCCGCCUACGGUAUCUUCUGUCACAGCAGCAAAAUAGGAAACUACUCGAUAAUGAAAGUGUCAAUGAAUACAACAAGAACAUUUUAUUGAAAAUGGAUUUGGACCGAGGGCACUUUGGAGGAAAUUCGGAGCAAGAUUCAAGGCUUUCUGAUGUAGCUGAAGAGAUAGCGUUUCUAAUUACUCAGGUGCAACAGUAAAAAUGCUGGAGGCUAUAGCUGCAACUUCGGAAUCUUUGCAUAUAAUAGAGGCAGAACGACGUUUAAAAUAGAUUUACUUCAGGAUCGGCCGAGUCAUUGGCUGAUUGUUUCUACGCUAAUAAAGUAACAAUUGCUGUCCGUUUAAUGCACUAUAAACUACUACUGUUGUACUGCUAGUCGGGAAGCACUCAAAAUAGGAAAUGCCCGCUUCCAAUCGUUGUAGCACGGCAUCAGCCUUGACGAGAAAAAAGGUUAAUUUUUUUUUUUUUAAAAAAAAAAA